UUAUAAAUCAGAACGUGCAAUGAAUCGAAGUAGGUUUAUCAGUCAUAUCGCUGCAUGUGACGUUUGGGAGCCGGACCGACCUGCACUUUGAAUUGGAUCUUACAGGACCAGAGAUAAGAGUAAGCGUCGCUCUGGGUGAGCAGCAGGAUCCAAGGGACGUUAAUAUCAUUCAAUUCCGCCUCUCAAGUGAUCCAGUAUGGAGUUCCUCACUGAACCUAAACAGGCCUUGGUCACAAUCACGGUGCUCCUUCUGACUUUGUUGGCGCAGGCGAAGUAUUCGAUUGCUGAGACGCACUUUCUGUAUUGGGAGGUUGUGACAAAAGAAUUUACACGUAACUGCGGUUCUGUGAACAUUACGACUGUAAAUGGCAUGUACCCAGGUCCCGUCGUCAAUAUUACCGAGGGUGACACUGUGGUAGUCAAUGUCACCAACAUGCAAGAGUAUCCGGUGACUAUUCAUUGGCACGGCAUAUUUCAGUUUAUGACCAAUUGGGCCGACGGGCCAGCUCAUUUCACGCAGUGCUCUCUGAAGACUGGAAACUCUCAGAUCUAUGAGUUUAUAGUAUCAGGUCAGAGUGGUACAUUUUUCUGGCAUGCUCACAACAACUGGUUGAGAGCAACGAUGUUCGGUGCCUUCAUUGUGCACCCCAGAGAUCCCCCACCGAAUUACGGCGUCGAAGUAGCUGGAGAAUUUUCGAUGAUUUCCGGAGAAUGGUUCGACACACAGCCAAAUGAUGUUGAAAUGGGUUAUUUGUACAGACCAAUUCCAGUUGACACUUCGAAAACCGCCAACACUCUAAAUGGCUUGACAGGGCCCUUGUAUAAUUGUACUCCAGAUGACGUUCCAGAGACUCAGGUCUUCCGAGUACAGAAUGGGUCAACAUACUUGCUACGGCUGACUAACGCAGGGUUGAAUAACAAUCACUGGUUCACAGUUGCAAACCACACACUGACAGUUGUUUCAGUUGAUGGUAACUAUGUCAAGCCCUUCGCAACAGACGCGGUCUUGAUCGCACCUGGACAGACCACCGACGUUCUCUUGACAGCCAACCAAACUAUAGGAUCGUAUUACGGUGGUGUGGGCCUUGCACAGAUCCCCCAAGUUGGGCCACCCUUAGAGGCAAGAGAAGCACUAGCAAUUAUUGAAUAUGAAGGAGCUCCUGCAGACUUUCCACUGAGUACACCACCUUUUCCAGCCCCAUCCGACCCCAUGGUGGUGGACGAUUACACUGCAAAGGUCCUUGGCUACACGGACAUGGACCUUCCAGAGACUAUGGACCACAACUUAGUAUACGUCGUUGGAAUAGCCCUUGUUGACUGCAUCCCUAGCGAGCCCUGCACAUCAACACAAAAGCUUGCAGGAACAGUUCAGAAUUUCACCUUCGAUGAACCCCAGAACAGCUCAGUCUUGGAGGCCUACUUUUACAACAUUUCAGGAGUAUACGAGACGGGAUUCCCCGAACUCCCUCCAGAGUUUAUUGAUUUCACUGGACGGCCCAGUCCCGAGUACGGAAUCGGUUCCAGGGCAACACUUGUGAAGGAGCUGGAGUUCAACCAGACGGUGGAGCUUGUGCUGCAGAACGUGAAUGCCGCUGUGAUGUUGGACCACCCGUUCCACCUACAUGGCCACGAUUUUUACGUCGUAGGGCGAAACUAUGGCAACUUCAACCAGACCACCGAUCCAGCCACUUUCAAUCUAAGGGACCCACCCAGGUUCAACACCAUCUCGGUCCACAGUGGUGGCUGGGUUGCGCUGCGGUUCCGAGCUAACAAUCCUGGUGUGUGGCUGCUUCACUGUCACUUCGAAAGGCAUAAAACUUGGGGCAUGGAAGCGGCGUUCAUCACGAAAAAUGGGACCCAGCUCAAUGAAACGCUACCUGGUCCCAAACACCCAUUGCCACCAUGCAUCUAGAUGAGAAGCAGUGGAUGGUAGCUCAGCUCACUAUGGCUCACCAUGUGCGGUGCUGCAGCAGCAAGUAAGCAACAUACAUGGCUGCACAUACACAAACACACAUACAGACAGACAGACUGCCCAUCCCCCCUCCCCCAUGACAACUUGCCAGCCUUUUUCAUGUUCAAUCUUCGUUGUUUCUGGAUAGUCAUACCAGUACUCAUUGUUUGUUUUCUUCUUUUUGUAAAAAUAGAUUUAUUACCAUAGUUGUGGAUUUCUCACUGUGCUGAUGGAUAGAUAUUUAUUACAAAAGUUUGAAUCAAUGAAUUUUUUAUUUGCCUUUGAA